CAAUCCUCUCGAAGAAAUUAAGGUCCGCGACCUCAGACAUGGGCUCUCAGUCUCUUGUCCAUGUCUUCUUGGUCUCCUUCCCAGGUCAAGGUCACGUCAACCCUCUUCUCCGGCUCGGCAAGCGCAUCGCCUCCAAGGGCCUCCUCGUCACCUUCUGCACUCACGAAAGCUGGGCUAUACAGAUGAGAAAAGCUAGCAACACCACCGACGAGCCAGCUCCCGCCGGCGACGGCUUCAUCCGGUUCGAGUCAUUCGACGACGGUUGAUCCGAGUACGAGCCCAGACGCCAGGACUUAGACCAGUUUCUUCCCCAGCUCGAGCUCAUCGGCAAGGAGAUUUUCCCUCGCAUGCUGAAGGCUCACGCCGACCGGGGCCGGCCGGUCUCUUGCCUCAUCAGCAAUCCGUUCAUCCCUUGGGUCACUGACAUGGCCGAAUCACUCGGCCUCCCUUCUGCUAUGUUGUGGGUCCAAUCCUGUGCUUGCUUCUCUGCUUAUUACCACUUUUAUCAUAAACUCCUUCCUUUCCCAUCAGAAGAUCAAAUGGAAAUCAGCGUCCAGCUCCCGAAUAUGCCAUUAUUGAAAGACGAUGAAAUCCCAAGCUUCUUGUAUCCUACAACCCCAUACCGUUUUCUGAGAAGAGCUAUCAUGGGACAGUAUAGGAAUUUGGAAAGACCCUUUUGCGUCCUCAUGGACAGCUUCGAAGAACUCGAACGCGAGAACGUGGAGUACAUGUCGAAGAUAUGCCCUAUUCGAACCGUAGGGCCGUUGUUCAAGAACCCCAAGGUGCCGAACAGCACUGUGAAGGGUGACAUUUUGAAAGCCGAUGAUUGCGUCCUCGACUGGAUCAACACGAAGCCUCCUUCCUCAGUAGUUUACGUUUCGUUCGGCAGCGUCGUGUACCUGAAACAAGAGCAAGUGGACGAGAUAGCGUAUGGGCUUUUGGAUGCAGGGGCUUCCUUCAUCUGGGUGAUGAAGCCACCACAUAAAGAUUCUGGUUUCGAGCCUCAUGUUCUUCCAGAUGGGUUUUUGGAGGAAGUAGGGAACAGAGGAAAGGUUGUUCAGUGGAGCCUACGGGAACAAAUUCUGGGCCACCCCUCGGUGGCAUGUUUUGUGACUCACUGCAGGUGGAACUCGACCAUGGAGGCUAUAACUUCGGGGGUGCCAUUGGUGGCGUUCCCCCAGUGGGGAGACCAAGCGACGAAUGCAAAGUACAUAGUUAAUGUCUUUAAGGUUGGUGUUAGGAUGCGCAGGGGUGAGGCUGCGAAUGAGUUAAUCCCAAGGGAGGAGGUGAAGAAGUGUCUUUUGGAGGCUACGGUGGACCACAAUGCAAAGAAGAUGAAGGAGAAUGUGUUGAGGUUGAAGGCUGCGGCGGAGGCCACCGUGGCAGAAGGCGGCUCAUCUGAUCGGAAUAUUCAGGAGUUUGUGGAUGAAGUGAGGAAGAGAAGCGUAGAAAUCUUGAAGAAGAAUAGCAAGAUUAUUGAGGGUUCUGUGAACAACGUGGUUUCGCCAUUAAAUGGCGCAGGUGCAGAUUUACUUGGUGCCAAGUCGAACGGAAAGGUUCAAGUGGCUUGAAGAGCUUUAUAGUCCAGAGAA